UGUCACCGCAACACCCAAUGGAAUUCCGUUUCUGUGGAACAUGGGCACGCGACAAAGCGUCCGGCCUGUCGCGGGAGCGCAUCCGUAGAAGAUCCCCGCACACUGUCGCCUGGACCCGGCUUUGAGUAUCCCCUCAGCAUGCGGAACGACCGUAUAAAUGGCGCUCCUGCUGCGUCGGCGAUAGCUCUUAGGAAUGGAGGAAGCAGCAGCAGCAGCAGCAGCAGUAGAAUUGCCGCCAUCAUGGUCGCUUCUUCCCUCGGUGUUCUCCUCGCGGCCGUCCUGCUGGGCGGCGCGCCGCAUAUUGCCACCGCUGCCCCGGUCGAGCUUGAACUCAAUAUUACCGCCCUGACGCCCGGUCUUAUAGAUUCGGAUUGGACCGCCGCCUACUAUCCGAAAUCCGGGGUGCCACUGCUGCUUGCCAACGACGCCGGCACCGUCACAGGUGGAUUCCGCGUUUUUGAUCUUGACGGCGCCCCGACUUUAAGCCAGACUGGUCACGUCGUCACCGGCAGAACGAAGUUAGUCGCCCCAUUAUACAAUGUGAGCGGGGCCGGGGAUGACAUGCUCGUCACGAUAGCAACAACCGAUUCUGUUGUUCGCCUGUAUUCACUUCCAGACUUGACACCGGUCCCGGUUGCUGAGCCGCUAAUCACCCUGGGCGACUGGAACGCUGUUUGCUCCUGGGGAAAUUAUUUCUUUCUGCUUGGUAAGGGCGGCCGCGCAUUUCAAUACCUCGUGCGCCCUGUGGAUGGCGGCAACUUCGAGGUCCUCGAGGUUCGCACCUUGCCUGCCCCGGCCGUCUUUGUGGGCUGCGCCGUCUCGUAUCGCGAUGCGAAACUUUACCUCACCGAAGACGUCGACCAAGAUGUCUAUGUCAUGGACGUUGGCGAUAUGGCGAGCCAGCCCACGCUCCAAAAGGUCAAAGGUGUCAAGGAUGCCACCGGUAUCGCUCUCUACUCCUCAGCCGACAAAGAAUAUGUCUUUGUGUCACAGGAGUCUCAACUCUCCGUGUAUGGUCCCGACUGGACCCUCCUCGGUACCGUCCAGCUCGCAGGCCUAGACGAUAUUGAAAUCCAGGGCAUAAGCAUUUACCAAGCGGCGACCACCACAUACCCUUCUGGCGCCAUCACCUUUGCCAUCGAAGCUGACUCGACCGAAGGCUUCGGUACCGCGUCGCUACAACCCAUCCUAGAAGCGCUGUCCAUCUCACCCAACACUGCCUAUAACCCGCGCAGCGAACCCUCUGGCCCUCGCACUUGUGCCCGCUGCUCUGACAAUGGCUUUUGCCCGACAGUUGGUUGCCCCAAAACCUGCACGUCUUGCCUGCUGGGCUUUUCCGGCUUGAACUGCUCCACCCCGCGUUGUGAGAACGACUGCUCCGGACAUGGGUCGUGCGUUGGCCCGAACAAGUGCGCAUGCGAUGCUGGCUGGGGAGGCCUACAUUGCUCGUUUGUGCUGGUCGAAGCGGAUCGCGAGACAGAUGCGGCUGGUGGUGACGGCGACGAUCCGGCGGUUUGGAUCUCGCCGGUCAGUAAAGAGCUUUCCCGCGUCAUCACCACUGUCAAAUCUGAGGAAGGUGCUGGGUUGAACGUGUUUGAUCUCGAAGGUAAAAUCGUGCAGCAGUUUCCAGCCGGGCAACCUAACAACGUCGACGUCAUAUAUGGGUUUAAGGCUGGCGAUAGGGUUGUCGAUCUUGCUUUUGCCGGGUGCAGGAGUGAUGACACUUUGUGCCUCUUCGAAAUAACCCCCAACGGCACCAUAACCACGAUCUCAGGUGGCACUCAGCCCCUCCCCGAAGGCUACAAGGUGUACGGGUCCUGCGUCUACCGCUCCCCAAAAUCCAACCGGCAGUACCUUUUUGUCAACUCCAAAAAGGCAAGGUACCUACAGUAUGAACUUACUUCCACCGAAACCGGCACCUUGCAAACGAUGCUGGUACGCGACUUCACCGGCGGCUCGGGCGGACAGGUCGAGGGCUGUGUUGUCGACGACCGUAACAGCUGGCUGUUCCUAGGCGAGGAGCCGCGCGCUCUAUGGCGAUAUGGUGCUGAGCCCGACGAUGGCAACGAGGGGCUUGAGAUCGCUGUUGUCGGUGAUGGCAAGCUCAACGCCGAAGUUGAGGGUGUGACGCUUGUUGAGGGCAAGACUCCGGAGGAGGGUUACAUUUUAGUGUCGAACCAAGGUGUCAGCUCGUAUGCCGUCUACCGUCGAGCUGAGCCGCACGAAUACGUGGCUACAUUUACCAUCGUAGCAUCAGCAGACGGAAAAAUCGAUGCCGUUACCAACACGGAUGGAAUUGCUGCUGUUGGAACUGGCUUGGGGCCUAACUUUCCACAUGGAUUAGUUGUUGUGCAUGAUGAUGCCAAUCAGCUGCCUGAAGGAGGUACUAGUGCUGAGGCGAGUUUCAAGAUGAUCAGUUUGGAAAAGAUUUUUGGAGGUUCUUUGAAGGAGCUCAACUUGCUUGAUCAUGUUGACGCAAACUGGGAUCCGCGCGUGUAA